AUGUCUAUGACCAUGCCACCUGACCAUGUUAGGACCACUCUAGAUGAUCUCUACAAUAGCGUCGUUGGUGGUGGUAAUUCGACCUCUCGUUAUAAUUACUCUGCUACUGCUGCCAACACCAAUGCCGAUGAUGCUCGCAUGGAUGACUAUUCGGACUCUGAAGACGAUUGA